AUGUGACACGACGCAAUCAUGGUGUAAAUGAAAUCAAUGACAGAACCGAAUUCGCCGCCGAUUAUGGCAAAAUCUAAAGUUGCCGUAACAUUUCUCGAACUAUUAUAAGUCGCAAGUACUCUGAUGCCGUAGAACAAUCAAUGAUACGGUAAAAAAAAAAACAAAACAUGGUGCGACGACGUUGGAGAUUUUUUACCAUCGCGGCUUUCUUGAUUUUCUUAAUAAAGGAUACAUUAUGUCAAGAUGAAAAUGAUUUUUAUUACUCACCGAUAGAAAAGAACUUUGCUCAAGUUCAACCACCUCUGUUCCCGAGUCGACCGCCGACGUUCUACGAACACGGGGACUCUUUCCGAGUACCACAGCCGCAGCAACCUCUCUACAAUGACGGCUACGUCAGGUUCCCUAGCCCAAAUUACAAUCAGAACCCGUCACCUUUCCAAUUACCGACGGGUAGGAGUCAAUCUGGAGGACAAUAUUAUGUCAAUCAACCCGAUUACAACCCUCAGCAACGCCAAAAGUACAGGCCGUCGCUACCUCAUAAUUACCAAAUUGUACACCCAGCUUCAACUAAACGACCUAAUGUAUCACAGAUACAUUCAAUAGCAUAUCAAAAUGACCCAUCGAAACCAGAAACAUUUUUAGGUCAAAUAACAAUUAAUAAUCCUGACAUUGAUUAUUUGCAAAAUACACGUUUCAAAAAUAUACCUUUCGACGGCAAUAGCCUGAAAAGUAAUGGUCAAAGUGGACACAUCGCUCAUGAUGAAGAUAUUGACAAUGAUAAUCAAGAUCUAUUCGAUGUUCAUAGGGUUACCACUUACAACCCAAACAAGAUAAUCCCUAAGAUAAAACAAAAUGGGAAACCGAAUGCUGCAAGGUUUACUAACUACGAGCAUUCAGAAUUAGAAGAAGAGAACACUGACUUGGGUAAUGUUCCGGGAAAACUAUUUUCGAGGAACAACAACCUUAGACAACCAAAUUCGCAAUCAAGUCCUUAUCAUGCUUCAUCUACAGAAUACAAAGGACUUUUAGACUUGGAGCCCUUACUUGAAGAAGAUAUAAGUGAUAUCGGUUCGUUUAGAGAACUAAUGAAACAUACACAAGGUUCGUUUGACGUUCAAGUAAUUAAGUCUAACAAUACCAAAUAUUCAGAAGUUUCAGAUGAUAGCAAGCCAGAUGCUUCUUCUAUGAAUGAAGGUAAUGUACCAACAGAUGCUGCAGUCAAAUUGUCAUCAGAAGUAAGUAACCCACCUACGGCUCCAGUCCCAUCAACAACAACAGUUGUUAAAGAAAAUUUUAAUUCUCAUGAAGAGAAUAGCAGCGAGGAAGCACUGGCAGAUUCAGAAUAUGAGGAUGUUUAUUAUGACGAACCAGAAAGUAGCGAAGUGCAACAUACCACUAAACCGCCUCAACAUAUAAAUCAGCAUACGGAAACGACGACGUCUAAUAUUUAUGAUGAAUACGAUGCUACCGAUGAACCAGAAAAUACAACAUAUGAAGCUAAUACAACUGUUACAGAGCCAUUUGAUGUGUUAGUUAUGAAACCAGAUAACAACACUAUGGUGGAAGAUGAUAAUUUCAAGCAAUUUGUCGAUACGCCUAUAAUUGACCAAUCUGAUGAUUUAUCAAAGAACGAUACUAUAGUCAACAACAAUAAUACGAGCUCUGAGGAAGAUCUUACAUCUAUAGAAACUCCUUCUAUUCUUGGUCAAGAAGUAGUAUCCGUUGUGACUACGAAAAGCGUAGUAAACGGGACAAUAUCUAUACAAGACGUUACAUAUGCACCGAGUACCAAAAAGAUAGGUGCAAUCACAGAAACUGCAUUGAUGGCCGACAAUAAUAGCAAUGAUACAUCUUUGCCCGUCACAACCGAAAACUGGGUAGUAGUGGCUUCAGUACAGACCAGUCGGAGUGUUUCUGGGGCGCGAUUUUUACCAUUCCCAACUGUUGAACAAGAAGAAAAAAAACAAGUACUCACCGAUGAAAAGGAGGAUAGUGAUGAAAGCGUGGAAGAAGACGAGGAAAACAUUACACAAGAUCCGCGAGAGCAAGUAAGUGGGUUAAUUACCAGCUCGUCUACAGAAAAUAUAAAUGAUAAACUUGACAGCAUCCAAUCUGAAUUAUCAAGUGCUGUGCUUUCGGGCUCGUUGGAUAAAGCAAACAAGAAUAUUGAGUUGAUAACGGAACCCACGACAGAACCGACAACCACAACGUCUACAACAACUACAACUACAGCGUCAUCAUUGAAUAUAUUUACUUUAAAAAGUACACAAGCUCCAGUAACAACAGAGCGAUCAGCGCCGGAACCUUUACCAGUUAUGAUCAAAAAGUUUACUCCGCGUGUUACUACUUCCACCACACCGAAACCUAGAAAAAAACCGUCAUUAGUGACUGUGAUGGACGAUCUGUCAGGACUGCUACCUCCCGGCUAUAAGCCUAGAUUGUCUUAUAAAGACAAACGCACUAGCACCACCACGACUACCACGACACCUGCACCUCCUUCUAGCACGGAAGAACCAAUCGUAAAUAACACGCAAGGUCGUUCAUCAGGCAUAAGUUCUAAGAACAAAGUUAUACUUCUAGAUAUCAAAUCUCUUCGGCCUAAGGAAUACAAACCCAAAGAAAAUAAACCUCAAGAAGAAGGUUCAAAACAUGUGCCAAACGAUGAAUUAAGUAUGUUAUUGCCACCGGGAUACAAAAUCCCUGCAAGUGAAGAAAGCACUGGUAAAGAAUCUAGCAAACUAGAUAUUUUGGACAAAGUGCAAAAGGUUGACAUCUCUGCAUUCUUGCCUAAAGAUUUUAAAUUGAAUUCAUCAACAGGUGCCCCCAAAAUUGAACUACCUGUAAAAGCUACGCCUGUGGAUAUAUCGGCGUUAUUACCACCUGGAUUUAAGUUAAACAGAACUGAUAACGAUAAGAGCAGCAAUCCGUUGGAUAGUAUUAAAAUUGCAGAUGUUUCUAAUUUGCUUCCACCUGGCUUCAAAUUGAAUAAAAGUGAAGAAGCUGCGGCGCCCAGUUCAACUACGAAAGCUCCUGGGGGAAUUAAACUAGUGUUCCCAUCAAGGCCAGGAAGCAAACCCGUAAGGAAAACUAUUCCCAGGCCCAGUGGCGAGAGUGGACCAAGUCCAGUUACUCCCAAGAUCCAGAAAGGUUGGCCAACAAGAGCAUCAACUGAGUUUACCGGCUGGCCCACUCCAUCUACGACACCGUUUUCGAUUGAAAAGUUGCUGGAGGCUCAGAGGAAUGCGACAGCUACCAGUCCUUCUCCCGAGUUGAGCACCGCUCCGACCACCCGCCGCAUCGUCAGCACCACGACGACCACGCCUGCGCCGCCGCCCUCCACCACUCCUGGCGUAUGCCGCCAUGAAUGUGAUAUUGCUGCUACUAUCAAAAUUGUUUCCGGCGUAACAUGGGUACCAGAGUUAUUAGACCAUCAUACCGAAGAAUGGCAAAGACUGGCUGAAGAAGUAAAACAAGAGCUCAAUUCUGUCUACUCGAAGUCUAACCUUCUCAGCAAAUGGUACAAAGGAAUAAGGAUUGACGGAUUCAGUAAAGGUUCCGUUCUCGUGGACUAUUUCAUCGAGCUAAAUGAUGUAGAAAAGAGAGUCGACACGUUAGAACUAAAGAAACUGUUCCACAAAUCUUUACAUGAGGCUAAGCCAGGUUCCGUCAUGGAGCCCGUCCCUGAGGAACCGCAGGAGCUGGACCCAGACGUGAUGCUGGGUGAUCAACCUGACGAAGAUAGAAUGAAGAAAAGCAAUGAAAAGAUGACUAAAACUAUCGACAAAUCUGCUGGGAAGUUAGAAAUUGGUAAAUUCGUGAUGGACCCCGCGUACACGGAAUUCAUAGUACUGCCAAAACGAGAAGAACCGACGCUUGUCAUCCCAGAAGAGGAAUCCUUUUUGCCGCAGUGGGGAAUCGCAGUUAUUGUUAUAGCGAUGGCAUCUUUACUAUUUGUCAUUAUAUUUGGCGUCACCGUUUUAGUAAACCGGCAGAAAAGCUCCAAAGCCAAGCAGCCCAUACCGCUGAGUGAGGACAUGCUUCGCGAGUUGGAUAAGAGUCACAUGGGAGGCUUCGACGACAUGCACCAAAUGAAGGAACGUGAUCUACCUUAUCUGCCUUCAGGAAAGCGAAUGUCGACGGCGUUCAUCGAGCAGUUGGCGUUCCCGACGCCGGGCGACUCGUGGCGCUCCGAGUGGACGCCGCAGCUGCAGAAGUACAUGCAGCACUACACGCCGGACUCCGGGCGCGGCUCGCAAAUCUACGGCGCUGGAGGCAACGCUUACGGCUACGGCGGUGGUUCGCAGAUUUACGGGCAGACGGGCGGCUCCCAGGUGUACGGGUACACGGGCGAGUACCCGCGCUCGCACUACUCGCGCCGGCGCUCCGACUACGACACCAACUUCUAGAAUGUCUCCCUUGGUGCCACUCCUUAAAUAAGAGCUCUCUUGACUCAAUCUUGACAAUACCCUUUCAUGUAUCGAUCACGCUGAUUUUAUGUUAUAACGAGGACAGUAAUGUCCACUGUUUCUAAGAACCAUCGGGACAUAAACCCGCCCGACGAUUCCUUUGUCAGUCAGUAUAAGUUUCAUCCCGUCCUGUAGUAGACAUCCUCUUUAUUUAUUGUAAUUAUCAGUUCCAGGCGAUAAAUAAUUAUUAUCCUAGCACCAAAAUCGACCUCUUUAAAAUAUACCUACUAAAUAACUAUUUAAAAAGUUUCAUAGUACGAAUUUGGAUAUCCAUAGUUACAUAUACCUACUUAUUAAAAUAGAUAAGCUUUUUAGACCGGCCUAUAAAGUAUUGAAACAGUGCCACGAAUAUUAUUGAAAUCACUUUUUCGAGGUAACGUAUUUAAUCGAUUAAUAAAGAAUUUAGCUGCCAAAUUUUUCGUAACUGUAUAUUUACGACUGAUUGUGAAAUGUAAAUAAGUAGCAUUAAGUACUCACCAAGAUAAUGUAAGUAAAGAGAAGACGGUGUAAUAACGAAAUUAUUUCUGUAGAUAUCUCUAUGCAUACCUAUAUUUGCUCAGACACGUAGUAGAGCGCCUGUGGAUAGAAUGCAAGCGUGAAACGCAUAAUUGUGCCAAAUAUUCAUGGGAAGUGCUUACGAUGCACCUGUGAGUGGUUAUCGAGCUCAUCAUGAGCGCGUGAGUUGUUUGAGCUCGUGUACGGGCUGCGCAUGAGCUUAGGUGAGUUGUACAAGAGAUGAUUGUUGAAGCAUUGAAGCUCGCGCGUAGACUGUAAGUGGGCGCUACGCCGGCUCAGGCCACGUACUAGUUCGAGGAAUCAACUUCUAUUCACUACCUAGUUAAUAGUGUUUACCCCCUUGAUAAAAGUCAAUUUUAAAAAUUGUUACUAUCAAAGAGUUCAUUGUUCGUACCUACUCAUACCAUUAUUGUGUACCUACCUAUUUAACUAGGUAUAAAUAGACAUCGGUUAGUCAUGAAUAACUUAUCAAUAUUCGUAACAAUAUUUUAAAACUAAGGUUUACUUCAUAUUAUGUGUCUCAAUGUUAUAAUGUCAUCGUAUAAAUGUUUAUUGUAAAUCCAUUUUAUUAUUAUUAUCUUUUAGAAAAUUGGGUACGCACCUGCAUUAAAAUUGAUGUAUAUAAACCAUUUUUGUACAUGUAGUAUUUUAAUUUAGUUUAUUAGAAUUAGAUACAAAUUUAACCUCUAAGAACCCUGGAGUAUAUAGACUUAAUAAAUAUGAAA